AUGGUUGAACACGGGAUAGUCUUGGGUCAUAUUGUAUCGUCUAAGGGCAUCGAGAUUGACAAGGCUAAAAUAGAUAUUAUAUCUGCAUUACCUUACCCUGCGAAUGUGUGGGAGGUGCGUUCUUUUCUUGGACAUGCAGGUUUUUAUCGAAGGUUCAUCAAGGAUUUUUUAAAAAUUGGAGCCCCGUUGUUCCAACUCCUACAAAAGGAUGUGACCUUAAAAUUCAAUGACAAAUGUGAGAAAGUCUUCGACAAGUUGAAAGAAUUGUUGACCUCACCCCCAAUCAUCCAGCCCCCUGACUGGAGUCUACCAUUUGAGAUCAUGUGCGAUGCCAGUGAUCAUGCUGUAGGGGCUGUGCUGGGGCAAAGAAUGGGAACGGCAGCCCACGUCAUCUACUAUGCGUCCCGAGCAUUGUCUGGAGCUCAACUGAAUUACUCCACUACUGAGAAGGAGCUCCUAGCAGUAAUUUUUGCUUUAGAGAAAUUCAGGUCAUAUUUGCUAGGUGCUAAAGUAAUUGUAUUUUCUGACCACGCAGCAUUAAGGUACCUAAUGACCAAGAAAGAUGCCAAAUCGAGGCUCAUCAGGUGGAUAUUGCUACUACAGGAAUUUGACUUAGAGGUAAGGGAUAAAAAAGGCUCAGAGAAUUUAGUAGCAGACCAUUUGAGUUGCAUACCAGUUGGGAAGGAGAGCGAGCCGUUGAAAGAUGCAUUCCCUGAAGAGCAUUUAUUUUCCUUAAAUUCUCAAUUGCUUUGGUCUAAUAUUUUUGUGCGAUUUGGAAUGCCAAAAGCUAUUGUCAGCGACAGGGGAACACACUUCUGCAACAAAACCAUAGCUGCAUUGUUUCGCAAGUAUGGUGUACUCCACAGGGUCUCAACGUCGUAUCACUCUCAGACCAAUGGUCAAGCGGAGGUAUCGAACCGGGAAAUCAAAUCCAUUUUGGAGAAAAUGGUGCGCCCCGAUAGGAAAGAUUGGAGUCAACGGUUGGAGGACGCACUCUGGGUCUAUCGGACGGCAUACAAGACCCCUAUAGGGAUGUCACCGUACAGGUUGGUAUUUGGGAAGCCGUGUCAUCUUCCAGUGGAGUUUGAGCACAAGGCUUUUUGGGCGAUAAAACAUUGCAACAUGAACCUAGAGGAGACCGGUGCCCAACGGAAGUUGGAUUUGCAAGAACUGGAGGAGAUCUGGAACGAAACCUACGAAAACGCUUUAAUUUAUAAGGAGAGAAACCGGACAUUUCAUGAUCAGCAAAUUUCUAGAAAAAAUUUUGAGGUUGGUCAGAAGGUCCUCUUGUACCAAUCCAAGCUCAAACUAUUUCCCGGUAAGCUACGUUCCCGUUGGAUUGGACCUUUUAUUGUUACUCAUGUUUUUCCCUAUGGUGCAGUUGAGGCCCGGAGUGCUAAGACAGAUAAAAAGUUUGUGGUGAAUGGACACCGUCUCAAGCAUUAUUACGAAGGUUUUCCAAGUGAAGAAGUAGAAACAAUAUGCCUAGACGCACCACCGUAUCCUAAUCAGUGA